AUGAAGCUAAAACCUGGGUGUUUUCUGCAAUAUUUGUAUUUAGAUGAAACGUACUGCUUACUGUCAGUAAGAAAUGCUAAGGUACUCACAGACUAUUUCCAGCUCCUGGAUGUGCAUAAGAAGAAUGCCCUGAACAAUCUGCAGUUUUACUGCUUUCUCCAUUAUGUGACUGACCUGAAGAAGAAGCAUAUCAUGCUGCUUUUUGACUUGCUGGACCGAAACGCGGAGGGGAGCAUUGGCUUUGAUGAGUUCUACCUGGUGGUGUGUCUCCUGUUGGCACACGAGAACCACCUUGAGAAGCAGUUCAUCUAUCGACACUCGGGGCCUGUCUUUAGGUUGCUGGAUGUAGAUGAUGAUCACACAAUUAGUCCUACGGAGUUUCGAGCAGCAGGUUUCCUCUUUAACAUCAAGAAAGAUGAGCUUGAGAAGAUAUUCAAGGACUUUGAUGUAUCUGGAGAGGAGAAACUGAGCUACAAGGAAUUCAAGAUGUUUACAAUAUUCUGCAUUGACAAGGAGCAAAAAAGGGAAAAGGAGCGAAUGAGGAUGGGGGUGACCAAAGGGCGUACGGACAUCACCCUCCCACCAGAAUCAACCAGCCCUCAAAGGACUAAGCACCACCACACCUACUUCCAGCCAGGAACAUCCCAACCUCACUUCUCCAUCCCCACAGGCUCAGCUUAA